AUGAAUUCCUCUGUUUUCUUACUGUUGAUUUGGACUACUGUACUCGGAGCUUCAAUUACCAAAGGCCCCGAAAUCGUCCGUUUCACUCGACAUCACGGACCAUGGAUUACUCGAGGAACCAGGCGACCACCAUCUGAAGUGAGGGAGUUGUAUCAGAAGAGAGAGGCAUUUCUAUUUCAGAAUAUUGGUCAUUUCCCUUCAUCUCACGAUCCAUUCGAAGUAGUUCAUUUCACUAAAGUCACUCAUCCACCAGAAGUUGAAUCUUUUAAAUUUAGUUUUCCUCCAAAGACACAUAGAACAAUUGGUCCAAACGAAUCAUUUGCUUCUAAAAAGGAACUCGUUCAUAAACUCCCAACAUUUGCACCGGGAGCAUUCACUCACAAAUGGACUCUCCCGCCACUCGGCAAGAAAACAUUUGCACCAUUAGAUCUGGCUGUGACCAAGAAACCUCAUACCCAUGAAACCAAUGGACCGAACAAGGAAGAGUUAUCCCACCUCGUCACUUUCCCACAUGGAGCCUUCACCCAGAAAUUCACCGUUUCCCCGAUCGGAAAACGUACAUUUGCACCAGUUGAGUUGGUUGGAGUGGAUGAGAAAUCUCUUAUUUCAUGGGCACCCGCCGAUUUCGCCAAGGUAUCCAAAAAACCACAUAUUACCCCACCACCUCAUUAA